GCUCUGAUCGUGACCGACACUACCGGCUCCACGCUCUCAUACACCAUAAUAGGAAUGCAGACUGAUCAAGGGGACGAGGCCGGCGAAGGAAAGUGAAGGCAGAGGCAGAGCUUGGAGCGAGCGAGGAGGGAUAGGAGCUCAAUCUGCAUGCCACGUCACGGAAUCAACAAGCGAGGAGCGGCUGCCAUACGUUGCGUAUCGUCCCAGCUCUCUCCGAACCCUGACGCGCCGUCGGACCAUGCCGAGGGAGAAGAAGAGGAGAAGCUCGGCGUGAGGAGGAAGGAGGAGAAGGAAGCUUACCCCUGAUGGUAGUCGUUUACCGUGUCUGCUCGACAACGUCAGCUACUUCUGUAUUGUCAGCAACUAGCGCAUCCCACCGUCCAUAUCGACUCCAGUCGCGUACCAGUUCUGCUCGCAGUCGUCAGCGAGCGAUAGACGCAGGUUGAGGUAUCACAUUGUACAGACUCGCUGUCAUGGCAGUCUUGAGCAGUGCGAAGGUCAUCUGAUAACCGUUAUCAUUACAAGCUGUGUGUCCCGU